AUGUCCUUCCCUCGCACGCGGCUUCGGCUGCUCGUCGGUCUGCUGCUGCUGCUGGGCGCAGCUGCUGCAGCAGCUGAGGCGGAGCCGCAGCAGCAGCAGCAACAACAGAAGCAGCAGAAGAAGCAGCAGCAAAAGCAGCAGCAGAAGCAGCAGCAGCAGCAGAAGCAGCAGCAAAAGCCACAGCAGAAGGAAACGCAUGCAGGAUCCAGCAGCAAGAAAACAGGAGGAAGACCUCUGCAAAUCGUUAUGCCUAAUGAACUCCACACGGGGUUUCGUGUAAACGAAGAGGCGCUUGCGGAGUUGGAGAAGAUUCCCGCGCCUAUAGCGGUCAUUGCAGCUCUAGUAGCACCAGGGUCGCUGGGUCUCUCUAUUCACUCUAAACCUCUCUUUGUUGAUAGAAAGACAGGACGCGUUAUAUCUGCUGCUGCUGCUGCUGCUGCUGAAGCAGCAGCAGCAGCAUCAGCAGCAACAACAGCAGCAAAUGCAGCAGCAGCACCAAGUGGAGGAGCAGCAGCACCAACAGCAUCAGGGGAAGCAGCAGCAGCAGCAGGACAAACAGCAGCAGCAGGGGAAACAGCAGCAGCAGCAGCAGCAGCAGCAGCAGAACCUGCUGUAGUUCGUGUGCUGCUGCUAGAUAGCGAAGGGUUCGGGGGCCCCAACGUAACUCGCAGCUACGACCAGCUGCUGUACAGCAUAGCUUUCUUCUUGUCCUCUCAAUUAGUCUUCACCACUAUGAAGAUGAUUGACGCCCAGGAUCUGCAACUGCUGGAGGACCUGACGCGGGACGCAAACCUCUUCUCCCUCAGAGCGCACGCCAGCUCAGUGCGAGACAUGUCGGAGCAGCAGCAGCAGCAGGAGCAGCAGCAGCAGCAGGAGCAGCAGCAAGUUGCUGACAGUUCAUCUGCGCUGCUUUCCCUCUUGAGUCCCUGCUGUCUCUCUUGGGUCGUUCAGGACUUCGUUCAGGACCUUGAGGGGCUGAGUGCGCAGCAGUGGCUGGAGGCUCUCUUAGAUACAAAUCGAUGGUUAACGGCACCUCAAGCUGUUGAAGCAAACGAAGUGCAGACGCAAAGCAAGCACUCCCUCAGGUCGCUGUACGGGCAGGUAGACUGCACGGCUUUGCGUGCACCGACAUCCAACGGCAAUUUGCUGCAGCGCUUAGAUUUGCUGCUUCCUAAGGAUGAAGACGAAGCCUAUACAAAGGAGUUCUCUGUGUUUAAGCGCAAGCUGAUGUCUAUUGCUGCAGCACAUCCUAAGCUGAAGCUUGCAGCAGGAGAGCCCCUGCUGCAGCAGCAGCAGCAGCAGCAGCUGCAGCAGCAGCAGCAGCAGCAAAGAUUCAUGUCCGGUAAAGAUCUUGCCGAGCUCGUCCGCUUCCUUGUUGGUGCUGCUAAUGCAAAUAUGUUUGGAGACGUGCAGGUCUUCAUGAACCACUUCUCUACCGUCAGAAGUGCAAUGGCUAAGAACGACUUGGUGCUGCUGUUCUCUCGCGAUUUGAACCAUCUGCUGCGGCGGACGCUGCCGCUGCUGCCUGAAGAAGUUGGUGCUGCUGCUGCAGUGCUGCGCAGCAAAACUUUGUCUCUGUGGCAGCAGCAAGUUGCUGCUGAGGUGUAUGUAAACCGCGCCGAAGCAAACAAACAACAAGAACAGCUUCUGAGGGAGAUCGAUGAUGCUGUAGACAAAGCCGUUCACAAGGCUACGAAGCUCGUUGCUGCUUUCUGCAAGGCUGCAGCAGAGACGCAGAUGAGUAUAUUGACGGAAGCAAAAGAGCAGCAAAUGAAGCGGCUGCCCAUGGGCCCCAAGGAGCUGGCGGAGUACUCUAACCAUCAACAACAAGACAGCAAAGCGGCGCUGCUGCAGCGAGUGCAGCAGCAAGAGCGCGACUAUACUGCUGUUGCUGCUUGCAAUCACGAGCUGCAGCAGCACUUUGAAGCUGUACAGGCCCUCUUCCUUGACCUCCACUCUGCCAAUAUCCGGAGCAUCACCGACCGCAUGCAGCGAGCAGCAGAGCGAGCAGCAGCUUCGCUGCGGCAGCAGCUGCAGCAGCAGCCAAUUGAUUUGCUGCGGCCUCUUCAUGAGUUCAGGGGGCUGCUGCUGGAUUGGCAGCAGGGGGCCUGGACUCUAUUUGAAGGAGAAAUCGCGGGGCUGCGUGAUGUCGCUGAUCUUUACUCUGCUGUUUCUGCUGAUCUGGCGGCAACGUUAGCCAAGUUAGAGGCGCAGGCCCUAAAGACUUGGGUUAAUAAAUGCAAGGAAACUACUCAGGAGGUGGCGGAUCGGUGGGAGGUUUUAUUUCGUCACGAAGUGUUGGCGGGUUUAGACGGGGGUUUGCCUGUAGAAGAAGAGUUGUUAGAUGCUCAAAUCGAAGAAGCAAAGGGGAAGGCGAGAGAAGACCUCAUGAGGGUUUACUGCUCUUCUUCAGAACCCUGGAAAGAGGUGUCUUCAAAAAUGGAGCAGCGGCUGUAUGAGAUGGGGGCGGCGCUUGAAGAGUCAAACCUGGAAGCAAUAAAAAGCAAUUGCAGUAGACCCUUAGAUCAGCUCAAGAUAGACCUAGCUGAGGAGGCGGGUGGUGGGGGCGGUGUUGGUGCUGCUUGGCGUUUAUCUCGCUCUUUCUUUCUCUUCAUUCUUUCUUUUGUUUUCCCUCUGCGGUCUUCUUCUGGCUGUCGGGCUUCAAACAACAGUGGCUCUUAUUCGGGGGGGCUUCGAGCAUGUGGUACUGGGGCUGCUGAGGUGCCUGUACACCAGGCUGGGGCUGGAGAUGUCUGUUACGGUGGUGGUUGUGUUUAUUUCGGGGGUUUCUUUGUUAUGCUAUUCGAAGUAUUAUCACACAGCAGCGAAGCCUUCACCUCCUUCAGCUGCAAUAAACUUAAACCCUAG